CACCCGCUCUCUGGUACCACCUGCUCACCGGUACCACCUGCUCACCGGUACCACCCGCUCACCGGUACCACCCGCUUACCGGUACCACACCGCACCAUGGCCUCGAGGCCGCUGGUGGCCGUGGCUCAGGUGACCUCCACACCAGACAAGGAGCAGAACUGGUCGGUGUGCUCGGCACUGGUGCGGGAGGCAGCUCAGCACGGGGCCGGCCUCAUCUUCCUCCCUGAGGGCUUCGACUUCAUCGGCCUCAACCCGGAGCAGACGCUGGGCAUGGCCGAGGCGCUGGACGGGCCCCUGCUGCGGCGGUACAUGGAGCUGGCCAGGGACCUCGGUGUGUGGUUGUCCUUGGGAGGCUUCCAUGAGCGUGGCCAGGACUGGGAGAGCACACAGCGCAUCUACAACUGCCAUGUGGUGCUGGACUCCAUGGGUCACCUGGUGGCCGCAUACAGGAAGACCCACCUGUGUGACGUGGAGCUGGAGGGACGCGUGUCCAUGAAGGAGAGCAGCUUCACCAACCCCGGCACCGAGAUCGUGGCACCGGUCAGCACACCAGCGGGCAAGCUCGGCCUCUCCAUCUGCUACGACCUGCGGUUCCCGGAGCUCUCGCUGGCGCUGCAGCGUGCCGGCGCCGAGAUCCUCACUUACCCGUCGGCCUUCACCGUGCACACCGGCUCAGCGCACUGGGAGGUUCUGCUGCGCGCCAGGGCCAUCGAGAACCAGUGCUACGUGGUGGCAGCCGCCCAGACCGGGAAGAACCACGAGCACCGGACGUCCUAUGGCCACUCGCUGGUGGUGGACCCGUGGGGGGCUGUGGUUGCCCAGUGCCGCGAGGGGCCAGGGCUCUGCUAUGCCGAGAUCGACCUCGAGUACCUGCACCGCAUCCGGCGCGAGAUCCCGGUGCAGAGCCACCGCCGGCACGACCUCUACGGUACCGUGGGGCUGGUGCCAUGAACAGCCACAGCAGAGCCAGACUGACUCCAUUGCAGGCUGUUUCUCCCCAUAGCACAGC